UCCGCCGUGCUUCUUCCGUGUUGGUUCCCCUGACCCGCGGUGAGCUGCCGCCGAGGGCCACCAUUUGAAGAAUAGGCUUAAAUGGACCUUUGCUGUGAUCUCCUGUAGCUACUUUUACGUGAGCUUCUUAUUCACGGGAGUGACAAUCGACAUGGACUUUCUUCUGUAUGGGUUUUUUCCACCCCUUUCUCAAAUAGGACUGAGUACCACCUGCCAAACCUCUUUAAAGAAACAUGGCUGUUGCUGUUCAGUGUCUGGGCAGCAGCUUUCAUGUUGAGUAUGAAGUCUUUUUCACAUGUUACUAGCAUUUACUAAGUUAUUUGAAGGUGGAAGUUUUCCCUGUACAAGUGAUGUUUUCUGUUUCUAGGCUCAACAGGAUCCUUUGAUGAAAUUGGUAAACAUUAGUUGAGCUACUUCACUCUCAGGUGCCAUAGUUAAAAUUUCAAAUCUAUUUCACAUCUUUCCAGUAAUUUUCCAUUAUAUUUUUAGUCAAUUCAAGCCCUUGUGCACAUCAGGAGCUUAAAGAUGGUCUCCCUGAUUCUCCCUGGGACUUUCCAGGUGUCCCUGGAACGUGUAGACUGCUGAUUUAUCCCCUUGAGUCCAUUAAGACAUAGUGUUGGCAGACAGUACUACUACAGGUUUGCCUACAUGGAAAAUCAUUUUGAGCCUAAGCAUGGGAGAAUAACUGUUUAUGAAAAAUAGCAUCAAUAUAUAUUAAUUAGAAAUAUGACCUUGAUAGUGUUACCAUAUCAUCUUGCUUAUAAUGUCAUGUAACAUGAACCAACAUGAUCCAAUUAAAUAUUUAAAGUCAUGCUGUAUUGAUAGAGAUUUAGAAUAUUUGCAAGUAGUAAUUAACUAUUUGGGUUUGAUAAACUGGUUUAAUGAUUAAUGUGAAAUAACAAACUCUAAUGAACAAGCAGAGUAAUAUUUUAAAGGUAAAGUCAAAUGACUUAUAAAUGACUUACAAGUUUAGGCAACAUCUGCUUUUUAAAAUGACCUGCUUUUGUUCAUAGGCUGUUGGAUUUAGUGUUGCAUAUGUUACUAAGGUCAUGUCAUCAAGGUUAUGUAUGACGAAGAUGACAUAAGGUAUUACAGACAUUGUAAGAAAUAAAGUAAGAUAAUAUGGACUGUACAGUAAUAAGUGGUUUAGUGACAGGUUCUUGGCUGUUAGUUUUCUUUAUUGCUGGAAUAAAGCUGACUAAGCUCUGACUUCUGCUGAUUCCUGCUGAACACUGAAAGUUUUUCCCGUUUUAGUAAACUUGUCACCUCAGAACUACUGUUUGUCUAGGAAGGGUCUGAGAUUUUCGUUUUUUUAAGAAACUGGCAUAAAUGCAUAUGUUUUUAAAGGAAAUACCUUUGCCUUCAGAGCUCAAGCCACAUACCACAGUCCUCAUUGCACAAGUACAGCUUCAGAGCUUAAAGAAGGUUGCUCUUUGUACCGCAGAGGAAUAGCAGUUUGGAUUCCAGAAGACUUCUUCACCAGACUUUAUAAAAUCUUCCUUUCAGGCCUCCCACCGCUUUCUUCUCAGGAACACAACAGUGCGGGGUGUGUGUGAAUGGGUUUCGGGCCGCGGUUACUGCCUCCCGGGAGCUGUCACCCCGCGUGGCGGCAGUGUUUCCCUGCCUGCAUCCUUCCCUGCUCCUUUUCUUGCAGAGGGCCUCUUCGAGCUCUGCAGCAAGUUUAAAUGCUGACACUUCAUUCGGAGUAGGACGAAUUCUCUGUGGUCUGUUGAAAAACAAACAGAUAAACCAACCGCUAAACAAUAAGUUAGCCACCUGCUCCAGAGAGAAUCAGAACAAUGUCCUACGUGUUUGUAAACGACUCUUCCCAGACAAAUGUGCCGCUGCUGCAAGCUUGCAUUGAUGGAGAUUUUAACUAUUCCAAACGACUGCUAGAGAGCGGUUUCGACCCCAAUAUUCGUGACAGCCGAGGCCGAACUGGCCUUCACCUUGCUGCAGCCAGAGGAAACGUAGACAUCUGUCAACUCUUGCAUAAAUUUGGCGCUGAUUUACUAGCCACCGACUACCAAGGUAACACAGCCCUUCACCUGUGUGGGCAUGUGGACACCAUCCAGUUCCUAGUUUCUAAUGGACUUAAAAUUGAUAUUUGCAAUCACCAAGGUGCAACACCGCUUGUUCUUGCAAAACGAAGGGGUGUGAAUAAAGAUGUGAUUAGACUGCUGGAAUCUUUAGAGGAGCAAGAGGUGAAAGGAUUUAACAGAGGAGCUCACUCAAAGCUGGAAACAAUGCAAACUGCGGAAAGUGAAAGUGCGAUGGAAAGCCAUUCCCUCCUUAAUCCAAACCUACAGCAAGGUGAAGGAGUUCUUUCCAGUUUCCGGACAACAUGGCAAGAGUUUGUGGAAGACCUGGGCUUCUGGAGGGUCCUGCUCCUCGUCAUUGUCAUUGCUCUUCUGUCGCUUGGCAUAGCAUACUAUGUUAGUGGGGUGCUUCCUUUUGUAGAAAACCAGCCUGAACUGGUGCACUGAAGCAAUGUGAAGGAGUACAGCAUGGUUUUCCCUGUUCUAAUGUUAUUUCGAACUUCUUGGAAUUAUUCUCUUGGUGCAGGCAGUGGCAGCUGUAGAUACUGUUUGCCUUUUGUACUUAUUAUUAACCCCUUUGAAAGAGGGAUUCAUUCAUUUCAAGUAAAACACUAAAUUCUGAGGCAUUCCUAAGCUACCUCUGACUUACCUUGACUGCAAAUAAGAUGUGAAGAUAAUCCUCUCUGUUGAUAAAAUAUUAUGAUUAGAAAAGGCCUUUCCUAAUAAAUAUUAAAUUCCUGGGUGUGAAAAAUAUAUCCUAGUACAGAACCAAAUUUGAUUUAUUUUCCCUAUGAGGAGGUAAAUCUAUUGUUGGAUUUUUUUUGUGUGUGCUCCGCUUGAAAGAAAAAUAUUCUUUUGGAAGUCCUCUUCAAGAAAUCUGGAUAAUAUAAUAAUGUGUACUGAUAUAUAGGCAGUAAUAAGCUGCAACUUCGUAGUUCUGUUAAUGCCUCUCCAUAGUUUCAUAUCUGCUAGCUUAUGAAAAGAAUGAGAAAUAGUUGGAGUUUUUCUAUGUCUUUAAUGAACAGAUCACCCCUUUAUUUAUUAGGUUAAUGUAGUGUUUCUUCUCUACAUGGAUUUAAUGUUGUUAAUACCUGCCUGAAGUAAAUCUUGUAGAACAAAGCUGUUUGUUGUGCUUUGGAAGUAAAGUUGUUUCAGCCUUAGGCUGAAAAUUUUGCCUUUUUGUUGCAAUGUUACUAAGCAAGCCUUUCUUUGUGAGGGUGAUUAAAAAGUGAUUUAGGUGUUCUGCUCUGUAUAUAAUAAUUCUGUAAGGUCAUUGUGAAACAUGUCAUGAAGGAUAACUUCUUAUUCCACCCACAGGGGCCAGAGUGAACCAUACAAUUAGUAUUGGUUUAGCAUUUGUGGAGAGGACUCGACUGAAUAGGAUUCCUUUCUAGAAUUGUUUUCCAUUUCAGUUGUUUUCAGACAAUACUUAUAGGCUUAUGGAUUAUUUUUCUGAAUACACAGAAUAAAAGGAUUUUAAAUGUUACUAUUUAGGAACAUUGUAUGAAAUUAAAUGAAAUCUUGACCCAUUCUGUACUUAGCUGUGACAUCCUUUGUCUGUAAAUAGCCUAGGGAUAUGAAUCAGUUACUCUUUUAGGAAAGCUAGAAAGUUACUAAGUAGUAAGUUGGAGGCUUUCAAAGACAGCAGAUCCUCUCCUCCCAUGCUGAUCAGACAGAUGACUCUCUUGCUUGCUAUUGCCUUGAAAAUCCCAACCAAAAUGAAUUCUGCUAACCUAAUGAAUCUUUGUUUUUUGACUUAGCCACUCCUGAAUUGUUGCUAGAUAACAUAUAACAAUUAAGAAAUUUUAAAUGUCUAAGUAUUGGCAGAAGUAACCUACAUCUCUCUGUUCUGCUACCACAUGUAUUUUUCUUUCUUGUUUAUGGGUUUGAGUAAAGAGGGUUGGUGUCUUUGUUUUGAUGUGACGCGGGCUUCACUGAGCUGGGCCCCCUUCUAAAUUGCGUCUGAAUAAUUCUUGAUCUCAUUUGUUAAGGCAGAGGUUAAUGAAACGAUACUUUUCUAGCAGCUGCAGUGCUGCAGGAAGAAAAGCCUCUGAGGAAAACACCAACAAACCAAACAAAAAAAAAACAGUGCAUGCUCCUCUUCUGAAUAUUUCAAUUAUUAUAUGUCUGGUCAUCAACAGAGAAUUAUAAACUCGUAGAUACCUAAAUCACAUUCACUUCUCUCAGUAAGUACAUUUCUGUUAAUAAUACUCUGUAUCUUGGAUAAUCAUGUUGUCUCUCAGUGUGUACCAUCUCCAUAAUUUGUAACUGUAUUCUCGUAUGGGUGAAUGCCACAAAUAAAUAUAUGUAG